UGAGUUUCGCCCCCCCCCAUUUUGCAACCUUUCUUGCCACAGUCGUUAAGCGAAUCACUGCCAUGGUUAAGUCAAUAACACGGCUCUUAAGAGUGGAUCUGCUCUUAUCCAUUGACCUGUCAGAAGGUCACAAAAAUGGGGGACUACAUGGCAGCCAUCAUAAAUGGGAGACCACUGCCAAGAGUCUGGAUUUCGAUCAGGGGACUGGUGGGGGGAUGCUUUAGGGGUCGUAAGUGUGAAAAACGGAUGGCGGGGGAAAUGGAUCUCCUGGAUUCCAUGCAUUUCGAGACACGUGGCCAGUGUCUCGAAACGCAUGGAAUCCAGGGGAUCCAUGCGUGUGCUGGUGUAUUUGCAUCUGUGUGCAUGUUUCUCUCCCUCUCCCCCCACCCCCCGCCCACCACUUUGCAGGAAAAGGCUAUCAGUAUUUGGGAAUCCAAGGACUUUUUCAUGGAGCUCGACCCCCUGCCAGGGGCUGUGGAGGCUGUGAAGGAGAUGGCAGGAUUAGAAGGGACUGAAGUCUUCAUAUGCACGAGUCCCAUCAAGAAGUAUCGCUAUUGCGCAUACGAAAAGUUCGCUUGGAUAGAGAAGCAUUUCGGGCACGAAUUUUUGGAGCAUUUGAUUCUCACCCGGGAUAAGACGAUCGUCUCUGGACACAUGUUGAUUGAUGACCGGCCUGAUAUCGUAG